GUCAAUCAAUUUCCAUCCCUUCUGCAUUUCCUUUCUUGAUUCUCUCUCUCUCUCUCUCUGAGAAUUUCUCAUUUCUCAGAAAAUUUUGAAUCCAUCUUCGUUCUAGGAUUCCUUAAAUUCAGGAAAUCGGAAGAAAAAUUAUCUGAAAAAAUGGCUCCGACGCCUUCAACAAAAUCAAAUCUUUCGACACCGUCAAUGAAAUCAAACGCAGCCCACCACCAAACCAAAACUCCUGCAUCAAAGCAGCGCCUCAAUUUCACGGCGGCGGAGCACCCGGUGGAGGUGAUAGGCCGAAUUCGCGACCACCCGGACCUCAAGAGCAAGCUCAAUGCUCUUCAAAUCACCGGAGACGCCAAAUCCGUGAGGGUAAAGACCGAAAUUGGGUAUCGGGACUUCACCCUCGACGGCGUCUCGAUGUCAGAGGAGGACGAUCUCGAGGGCUUUUACAAGAAAUUUGUGGAAUCGAGGAUCAACGGCGUGAAGACGGGCCAGAAAUGCACGAUCAUGAUGUACGGUCCGACCGGUUCGGGCAAGAGUUACACGAUGUUCGGGUGCUUGGGGCAGCCCGGGAUCGUGUACAAUUCGUUGAAGGGGAUAUUGGGGGAGGAAGAUGGUAAAAUAGGGUUGCCAAUUUUUGUGCAGGUCACUGUCUUAGAGAUUUAUAAUGAAGAAAUUUAUGACCUUUUGUGUUCAAACACUAAUGGUGGAGGCUUUAAUUUGGGAUGGUCAAAGGCUAGCUCUGCUUCUAAGGUGAAGCUGGAAGUGAUGGGGAAGAAGGCGAAGAACGCGACUUAUAUUUCGGGGAACGAGGCUGGGAAGAUACUGAAAGAGAUUCAGAAAGUGGAGAAGAGAAGAAUAGUGAAGAGCACUCUUUGCAAUGAGAGAAGCUCUAGAAGCCAUUGCAUGAUAAUUGUUGAUGUUCCGACUGUUGGGGGACGCCUCAUGCUUGUGGAUAUGGCGGGCUCUGAGAAUAUCGAACAAGCUGGGCAGACCGGAUUGGAAGCGAAGAUGCAGACAGCAAAGAUCAACCAAGGGAACAUAGCACUGAAAAGAGUGGUUGAAUCGAUUGCAAAUGGUGACUCUCAUGUUCCGUUUCGUGAUAGCAAGUUAACAAUGCUUCUGCAGGAUUCGUUUGAGGAUGAUAAGUCGAAGAUUUUGAUGAUACUUUGUGCCAGCCCUGAACCAAAGGAGUUGCAUAAAACUAUUGCGACCUUAGAAUAUGGGGCAAAGGCAAAGUGCAUAGUUCGAGGUCCUCAUACACCGGUUAAAGGCGCUGAAGAUUCUUCGUCUGCUGUUAUCAUGGGGUCGAGACUAGCAGCUCUGGACCAGUUCAUCUGCAAGUUACAGAUUGAGAACAAAACUCGGGAAAAAGAGCGAAAUCAGGCCCAAAAAGCGCUAGCAAGGAGAGAAGAAGAAGUUUCUUUGCUGAAGAGAAAGCUUGCUCUUGCAGAACAAAGAGGAAUUGAGGCAAGUGAAGAGGAGAUCAAUUCAAAAGUAAAUGAACGUACGCAGUGGAUGAAGAGCGAGUUGGAGAGGAAGAUACAAGAAUGUGAGAAGAUGGCCAAUGAACUCGUUGAAAUGGAGAGGCGAAAGAUGGAAGAAAAGAUUCUCCAACAGCAGCAGGAGGUUGAGAUGCUGCAACAGCGUCUUAAGGAGAUUGAACACGAACUUUGUCUCUCAAGGGGUGGGAUGUCUCUGGAUGUGGAAGGUGGAAGCUUCAUGAAGAAACUGUUGCAGGCCUGCAGUGAAGAUUCGGACAUGGUUAAGUCCAUGGAUUUGGACAAGUCACUCGACUUGGAAACGAAAGUGAUUUACAACGGAAAUGUAAAUGGCAUUGCUAGUGCUGUUUCGGGCUACUCGUACCCCAAUGAAGGAAUGUACAGUUUCCCAAACAAAAGCUGCUUGACCACUGUGUACGAGGAGGAAGAAUGUGAUAAUGAGGAUGAAGAUAAGAGCAGUCACUGUAAUGAUGAAGUGCAGAAGGAGGUGAUCGAAGAGAAACAGAUGAUAGUGACACCAGAUGUUGCUAUCCGGGACCAAGGAAAGUCACGUUUUGGAGAUGCAUCAGAGCUUGAGGGACUUGGAUUAUAUGAUGACUCUGAAAACACCGAAGAAGCAGCCGCCUCUCGCCAGCUUAGGAUUCAAAAUAUUUUCACUCUGUGUGGAAAUUAUAGAGAACUUUCACAGCCUGGUAACACUCCUACGGCAGCUAGAGCGAAUUCAGAGAACACUGAUCCAUCAAAGACCGUGAUCAAUGAAAUCUCCCAUCUCAAGAAGAGUAUCUCGAAAGAUCUUCUUGGCGUGGGAGAAGAGUAUCUUGGGAAAUUAAGGGGAUCCGGUGAGCUAGCUGCAGAGAAAUUGGAGGAGGAUCACAUUGAAGUAUACGUGAAGUGGGAGGCGUCAAAGGAGAAUCCCGGGAAGUUCAUCACUACAAUGAAGAUUUUGAAAGACUCCACCCUUGCUGACUUGAGGAAGUUGAUAGAAAAGCAACUUGGUGGAGACCAACAACAGGCUUUUACAUUUCUUGCUCUUGGGGAUCCUUCUGGUGCUCCCGUGGCAAAGGAUAAAGAGGCUACUACACAGACGAGCAAGCUCCCUCUUUGUAAAAACCAGCUACGCGGUCAUCUGGCUUGUUUACGUCCAGUGAAGGCAGUUCAGUGGCCUGCGCGCCAGCCCUUCAGCCCGCUGAAAAACAAGCAAACUCCUAUAUCACAUCUGACAAAGAAGGUUGGUGAAUGUUUUUCACCAGAUCUACUAGCUCCACAUUUGAGCUCCACGCCAUUCAUUACUGUAAGAAAAGCCCCUAGGUUCUAGUAUAUGCUUUGUGAAUUACAUGUUGUAAGCCUAGAUAGCAAAAUUAACUGCACAAAAUGAGUAUGUAUGCACAGUUUAUGUACUCCUGGUGCAUCAAGCAUUUGACUAUGGUUGCAAAAGCAGGGUUUUUUCUUCUUAAGCAGAUACACUUGCCAUC